UUGAAAGUAUUCUAUUUUGCCUCUAUUUUCACAGGAGAAAAAUUGAGGGAGAUCCCUGAGCCUGAGCUCCACAGGAAGGGAAUUUGAAGAACUGAGCCAUAUAGUAACAAGAGAAGGCAGUAUUGACAAACUGAACAUCAACAAAUCAUCAGGCCUGAUGGCAUCCAGCCAAAGGAACCUGGUGAAAAAUGGUGGAUCGUUUGGCAAACAGUGAAGCAAAUACUAGGCGAAUAAGCAUAGUGGAAAACUGUUUUGGAGCUGCUGGUCAGCCUCUGACCAUUCCUGGCCGUGUCCUCAUUGGUGAAGGAGUAUUAACAAAGCUGUGCAGAAAGAAACCAAAAGCAAGGCAGUUUUUUUUAUUCAAUGAUAUCCUUGUUUAUGGUAACAUUGUUAUCCAGAAGAAGAAAUAUAAUAAGCAACAUAUCAUUCCUCUGGAAAACGUCACUAUUGAGUCUAUCCAAGAUGAGGGGGAUUUGCGGAAUGGAUGGCUUAUCAAGACUCCAACUAAAUCUUUUGCAGUAUAUGCUGCUACUGCCACAGAAAAAUCUGAAUGGAUGAACCACAUAAAUAAAUGUGUUUCUGAUUUAUUGUCCAAAAGUGGGAAGACACCCAGUAAUGAGCAUGCAGCUGUCUGGGUGCCCGACUCUGAAGCCACUGUAUGCAUGCGCUGCCAGAAAGCAAAAUUUACCCCUGUGAAUCGUCGACACCACUGUCGGAAAUGUGGAUUUGUUGUAUGCGGACCCUGCUCUGAAAAGAGGUUUCUUAUUCCCAGUCAGUCUUCCAAACCUGUGCGAAUCUGUGACUUUUGUUAUGAAUUCCUUUCCAUGGGAGAGAUGUCAACAUGCCAGCCCACAAGAUCAGACUCUUACAGUCAGUCACCAAAGCCUCCUUUAAAUGACAUAUCAGAUGAUGAUGAUGAUGAUGACAGCAGUGACUAAGUAAUGGAAGAUAAUGUUUUGAUAUUACAGUUGGUUGAGUUGUUGUAUGAGAAACCUCUAGUUACAAGUCCUUCUGAGAAAUCUAACCCAGCCAUUAAAUUUGCCUGAAAAACCUUUGAAUCAUAUGUGCCUCAAUAUUUGAAUCUCCUAAAUAUGUCAUUACUCUUUCUGCAGGGAUAGACUGUUGCAAAUGUUUUCCAGCCACGUAUACUUGAUUUUCUUUCUAAGAGUGAAUUGAUCAGCCACGCUUUCCUCUUCUCUGAACAGGAAGAUUAGAAAAUAUAGCACAGUUUUUCAGUUUAUACUAACAAAUAUCCCAUACUAUGACUUCUUUUAAUAUUAGAAUGGGGAAAUUAAACCUGCAUGAAACUCUGGUAGUUUGGUUAGCAGAUUGAAAAGGACGUCUAACCAAACUUUGAAACUGAUAGUUUACUUUGAUUCUAUAUAAAUUCAUUCUGAAAUGUUAGUAAUUUUUAAAAAGCAAUGCAAAAUGUCAUACACCAAGCAGUGCCUUGUAAAGACUGCACUGUUGCAGGAAAAAAAUAACCUUGCACCUCUGGCAUGUGAUAAACUAAGAAACAGUUGGUGCUGUUAGGAUUAAUUGCUGUUGUAUAAUAGGAUUUCAGUAGUAAGGGCUGUGACUGCAUCUCUAGAAUUGAAGGCUGUCCAGCAGCUCCUUGCACAAAGUCAUUUUCAUUAAGAUGCUACAUGAAGACAAUUCAACACUAUUGUGCAACGAUUAUUGUGAGGUGAUCAUAAAAUGAAUAAAACAAAUGGGGGCUUUUAAGAAAUUCAAACAGAUUUGGUAUCUAAACUACUUUCAAACUUAUAUGAUAUUUUAAAAUGUUUAUCAGGUAUGGUUAAUUGAAAACUUUUGUCUCAGAUCAUGUUAUUUGCUGUAAUGUUUUGAUUUGAUAUUUAAAUCCUUAGAUAAUUCACUAACCCUUUUAAACUUUAGGAAGUGGAUUUAAAAAAUAGACUGUGUUCUAAAAGCACAAAUUGGGAGAGUGGGCUAGCUAUUUGUUUGAAGAAAAAAAAAACAUUUGUACACAACUGACCUCAAGAUGUAAAUGAAUUGCAGGUGACUUUAUUUUAAAUGUAUAAAUCCAAGACCUGGACAAAUAAUGCAAAAGGUGUUUCCAGUAAAGAAUUUACUUUUUACAAUAUUCUUUCUAUAAUGGCGUUAAUUUUAGAGAAAUGUCAACUUAGCUACGAAGUUUUGUAAAAUCCCAAGACAUAUCUCUAUUUUUAUAUAAUAGUAUGUUUAGUUGUUUUACAUAGAAAUCUCUUGACAGAAUUGUGUGGGGAUUCAGUAGCACCUGAGAGUUUAUAAAUACAGUAACAUAUUGAAUAUUGUUUGUGCAAAAAUUAUAUUGAGUAAUGUGCUUAAUAAGUAACAGUUCUGCACUGUUUUCUCUUCUGCCUGUUUGACUAUAUUUAUUAAAUAAACCAUCAGAUCUGCAUCUGUGAACUUGUCUUCCACUCUAUACUCUGGUGGGAUAAAUGGUAUAAUAUCUGAAUUGGGGAAAAAAAUCAGAUGAGGAGAAUAGCCAUAAGGUGAUGAAGAGUGGGCUCAGUUGACUUGCUGAGUCUGUGGAGCAGCAGCAGCUGAACUGGGUAGAUUAUGAGAAUUCAGAAUGAUAGAUUUCCAGAUAAUAUUGAAAUGCUUAAACAAUGCUAAUAGGAAAGGGCCCUUGUAUUGAUUCUGGUAGCAGUCCAGAGGGGUGUAAACUCCUACACAUGAUCUAUGAAACUCUCAGGUCUCCCACAACAUUUCUACCUGCUCCUUGAAUUUUAAAAUUCAAGAAACUCGGGAUUUGAGAACACAAUAUUUAAAAGUUUCAUAUAUAUUAUAGUAAAGGUAUUUUUUAAUAGAAUGACCAUUUCUAGUGUACUAAAAUAUACACAGCAAUUUCAUUCACAUGAUAAUUAACUUCAGUGAGACUUGUCUUUAUGCAGCUAUGAGGAGAUUGAAGACUUCCUCUUUAUGUUAACCAAAGUUUAGUGUAUUGUCUGAACCCUAUACUGUAUUGUGGUUAAUCUUACAGGCAAACCAUAUAAA